AUGGUCGAGAUAUUAGAGUCGAUCCGCAGUCAGAGCGGGAUCACUUGUCAGACGCUAGGUGGUAAAGUUGAAGGACCAGCUUCCCCGGAAAAAGUAAUUUACCGAAGCCGGCUUAAUUACGAAAGAAGCAGCAUAACUACUUCGGCCGAACUACAACGGGGCAAACUCUCGAGUUGUGGCCACUCCACGAUAAAUGGCUACACCUUCAAGGAGAAAGAGGCUAAAAUUCUCGCAAGAGGUGACGACCGCGUGAGUCGCCAGCUGCUCGCGCCAUGUUCUCCAGCCUGCAAUGUGUCAUCAAGCGCAAUAUUUUCCCUUGGAGUGGCCGUUUCUAGCGAUUUAGCCAUCAUCAUCCUGUCACGUCCAACCCCAGGUGGUGCACUAACAGACACUUGA